AUGGCCAUGAGCAUGGCAGGAAGCGUGUCUGAGAAUGAUCGAGAGGUCCCUGGUUCAAUCCCUGGUCUGGGCAAAAGUUUUAGUCAGCAGCAAAUACUUAUUUUUAAUAUUAUUUAUUACACCACGGAGACUGCGACUGAGGAGACGGAGACUGAGAAGACUGCGACUGAGGAGACGGAGACUGAGGAGACGGAGACUGAGGAGACAGAGACUGAGGAGACUGCGACUGAGGAGACGGAGACUGAGGAGACGGAGACUGAGGAGACGGAGACUGAGGAGACAGAGACUGAGGAGACUGCGACUGAGGAGACGGAGACUGAGGAGACUGCGACUGAGGAGACGGAGACUGAGGAGACGGAGACUGAGGAGACGGAGACUGAGGAGACGGAGACUGAGGAGACGGAGACGGAGACUGAGACUACAUAUCUAACCACUGACUUCGAUGAAACUCACAGUAAAUAA